AGAUUAUGGAAUUAUAAUAUUUAUGCAACGAUCAACAUUAGCAUGGCGUCGACCAAUAACUGUGCUUGAAAUACAGUCUUGGCACUUCGUAGCGAAGGGAACUCCUUUAUUUGCGCCAGGCUACAGUUUACCUUAUAUUUGGAGACUGAGGUGUUGUUCAGUAUGGCAGGGCUUGUGAAGGCUAAGAAGUAUGAUUGGAAGGACUCAAACUUGGCUUUGUUCGGCUCAGACGUCGAGAAAAAUGUAAGAUUUUUCAAACGUCAGCGCUCCGCCGGAGUUGCCCUUGUCUUAUCAAUAUGUAGCAGUGGACAAACGAUAGAUGUCUCGUAAAGGUUCGCUUAACUUGCCUAACUGUCGACAGAGAAGAGAUACGCCGCCCAAGCGAUGCAGUGUUAUUUCAACCAUGACAAAUGCAAACAGUGGAAAACAAGCUUCGAUCAGUUGCAAAUUAGGCUUAUCUGAAUCUUGACUUUAUAAUGCUGUAAAACGUCCCUAAAAGCCAAUAGUCACAGGUCACAAUGUUGAAGACAAGUGACAAGAGAGACAUUUCGCGAAAUGAGAUGUAAUCGUAUAUAAAAAUAUAAGCAUAUAAGUAGACAUGAAAUACACGAUUAUGCACGAUGGUGUAUCAGCAUAAGUAUGAAAUUUGCUACAGGCUUUGAGAUUUUAUUCUCUGAUAAUUAUUUUUGUGCUAUCCAUUGGUAGGUCAAGAAAAGUUCAGCAAUGGAGGAAAAAGCGUGGAAGGGCUGUGGUCAAAAAGUUGAGUUAAAGAUCUGGAGAAUUGUCAAAUUUAAGGCGAGUAUUAAGCUUAGUUUACGUUAUUUAGUGACUGUCAUAAUUUCUUGUGUCGUCGGAGCUGUAUCUUCAUGUAUGUCAAACCUCGGCUGGAAAUAAACCUCAGCUGGAGAUGUUUCUGUAAAUACGCCUUCGCGUGAUGUUCUAAUCAAUCAUAAUAAUACUUUUUAUCCAUCAAACAAUGAUGUAGUCGUGAUUAUUACUGUUUCUUUGCAAUCAAACGUAACCCUUAAAUUCAUGCGACAUUUUGACCUCUGUCAUCUGAAGGAUAAUUAGACUUCUUUUGAGCUUUGGAGUUUUUACCUUAUAUGGUUCUAAAGUUGAGGUGUUCAUAGUGAUCGAAUAGCUAAGUUUGGCUCAAUAUGUAGAAGGUUCUGGGUAAAAAAUGUUCGCUUACAGGUGGGAAUUUUUUUUCCGUGAUGAUAAUAUUAAACCAAUAACUAUCUCUGUUUUUUAAUAUAAUGGACAAAUAUAGAUUUAACAUGGAAGAUUAGCGGAGAAAUGGAUUUGAAGGGGAAGGUUUUCAGCUGUUCUGAGAAAAAAAAAUUGAACUAAAAUAGUUCAAGGUGCAUUGUUUGUAGAAGUAUAGGGAUGCUAAUGAGGACACUAUGGCCAUUAUUGUGUGAAUGUCCAAAACUUUUUCCAUCAGCCCUAAUUCUCCUUUUCCUUUCCUCAGAAUUUUCCUGAUCUAUUAAAUUAGUGGGUUAAUAUUGUAAUAUUGAUAGUAAUGUUCUCGCUCUUCAUUCCAGUUAAUGACUGUGUUGGUCUAUUUUGAAUUGAUCUUUAUUUGGAAUUUUGCUAAGAUGUUAUUAAUUUACAGCUAUUUGGGAAUUGUUUAAUUGUUCAGGUGAUUAUGAAGAAAUGUGCAAUCUGAUUGAGCCAGGAUUGCAUCAUAUCUUGCAAUAAUCACCACGUACAAGGUGGUUAUUGUGGUAGAGCUAAAUCUCAAAAUGACAACAUUUCAAUUUGUCAAGAUUACAAAGAAAGAGAUGAAAGCCACGACAGAGAUUCCAUGAAUCUUCUACCAUUUAGCUUUUACUAACCAGGAACUUAAUCAUUGAAUUACAAUUUUUUUGUCAAGAAAAAGGAAGAAUUUGUCUACAGGUUCAAACAACCUACUAGAGUGGAAGGGAAAGAAAAUAUUACAUUUCAAUUAGAUACCUAAUCAGAUAAGUUGGGGAUUAGCAGCUGACAGCUUUGAAUAACAAAUGGGUGUGAUAUUUUGCACACUCUUGUCAAAGUUGCAUGCCCUCAGCCUUGCCUAGAGGCUUGUACCUUUGGUAGUCACUUCUUAACUUGUAUACUUUACUCUUGUAGCCUCUUACUUCAAGCCUUACUGGAAGGGCAGGACAUUUCUUGUACCAAUCUCUCUAUCUCUGUUCUCUGAUGUGUGUGAUGUUUGGGAGCAAAUAAAUUUUUUAAAAAAAUUGAUUUUUCUGUGGUGAUGACCAGCACAGUUUUCCAAAAGUAAUUUUUAAGCUUAGGCCUUGUGAAUAUUUUUGAAUAAUCCUCUUUGUUUGGGGCAUUAUUCAUUUAAUGUUUGUUUUGCAUUUGACAAAUAGUUGCUUAAAUAGUUCACUCAAAAACAAGACUAACAUUCCAUAAAGAGUUGUGUUCUUAAAUCUGUUGGUUACAUUUGACAGCUCAGAUGAAUUACACUGUCACAUAAAGCCCUAUGACAAUAUGUUGUUGAUUAAACUGCAUUUUGGCCUCUUGUGUAUUUGUAUUUUAAAUUGUUGUGACUUUUGUACCCACAGGUGGUAGAUUGGCCCAAGGAGGACUAUGGGAGAUUUUAUGAUGGAGACUCGUACAUCAUUCUUAAUACGUACAAAAAGGAUCCUAAUAGUGAGGUCAGAGAAUUCUGCUGAUGCAAAAUUUUUUCUUGAAAGUACAUCUUAUAAAUUCAUCGUUGGUCAGUUUAAGUCCUUGAAAAUGGUAGUGAUGGAGUCAGGGCAAUGGUUAGAUGUAAGAGGUUUUCACUACAACCCUCUAAUCCUUAUCAGAGUGAUUAGCAUGUAAUUUUUCCUUGUCAUAUCACUUGUGAAUGAAACAAAGUUUGAGAGAGCAAAGGAAAUGAUUGCAGAUGAAAAUAGCUCAUGACAUUAAAUAAAUUCUCCAUGUAAGUUCCCUGUGAUGUAUAGAGACCAAUAUGAAGAAAAGGUAUGGAGCUGGACUGAUGCUAUAGUGUGAAGAGUUAGGGGUGGUUUCAGUCACAAGAACAUUUUGGCAUUUGGGAAUGUGGUCUGUGUUAAGGGAACAGUACUUGAAAUCUAGGAUAAAGUCAGUUUGUCCCUAUUUAAAAGCCAAGCAAUCAAACCAAUGAAUUUGGUUGCCUUGAUGAAUCCUUGAUCCCUAUGAAUUAAAUGCACUGAAUAAAUAAACAACUUAGGGUUACCUGUCUUUCCAUUUUCAUUGAGGUUCUUACUUUCUCUCUCUAUUCUUCCUUGUAUUGUGCAUCUGAAUUGCUCAAUUCAACUUUCCCUUUCUUGGUGGGCUGUGCUAAUCUGCCCAAUAAAUUUUGAGCCUUGCAGGAAAGGGGCACAGAUAGUUUUGCUUCAACUGAUGUUGGGGUUCUUCACUUAAGAACAACACCAUUGUCUCGCUAGUUUUUUAAGGCUUGCCAGGUUAUUUUAUUAUUAAGAAUUAUAAUUUUAUUGUUACAAACAGGGUUUGCAUACACAUUUGUUGGUCCUAUUUUAGCCCUAUCCUUGUGGGAGGUGGUUGUUCAGGGCUGUUGACUCUGUCAAGGUUACAAAUUAAGGUAACCUAUCCUUACUAAUGUUGUUAUGAUUUAUCAGGAGCUUGACCAUGACGUUCACUUUUAUAUUGGCAAGUACUCCAGCCAGGAUGAGUAUGGAACAGCUGCAUAUAAAACAGUUGAACUAGACACUUAUGUGAGGAUGAAUAAAUGCCUUCUAUUUUUUUUAAUGUUAAUCUCAAAUUAUCACUGUCGAGAUAUGAAGGAAAUGUAUCUUCCUGGAUUGAGAGAGAUACAAGAAUAAGUGUGAUAAACUAGUCAGAACUAAAUCUACAAUUUUUAAAGGUUCUUUUGGUUGAAAACCUGAGAUUAGUGCUUUUGUUGUACAUGCAUCAAAUUUGGAAUGUAUAACAUAUACUAGCUCCUCUCAAGUAAAAAUAUCAGCUGCAGCAAAUUAAACUAAAUUUUAAAUAAAUUCUGUUAUUGCUGUAAAUGUAAGGUUCUGAAAGUGAGGAAUAUCAGUUAAGUUUUUCCUUGGCUAUUUCUCAGUUUUAACCGUGGCCUUUUGAUCUGUGAUGCAUUUACACCAAUUGCCUGGGAGCAAAAGUAUUUGAUGGAAUUAUCUAUACACAGUUUGUUCUGUUUUGAUGAGGAUGAAAGCAAAGAAUACAGAUUUAUUUAUCUUUUUUUUAAUCUGGCAUUUUCAUGCUUUUAUGUAGGCAAUAUUAUCAAUUUUUUCUUCCUUAGUUGGAUGAUAAACCUAUCCAGCAUCGUGAAGUAAUGGAUCAUGAGUCUCCACUCUUCAAGAGCUACUUCAAAACCAUUUCUAAAAUGAAAGGAGGGUAUGUGGAAAAAGGUCAAACUUUAAAAAUUAAAUUAAUUAAAAAUACUCAUUCUUGUGUUAAGGUGAGAUAAUUUUUUAAACAUGAAUGGGAUCCUCUUAAAAUUGCAGAAUGUUUUGAAUUCUUAAAACAUGGUUUAUCAGCACAACCUUUAUCAUCAUUGUAGCCAAAAGAAUAAUGCAUUUUCUAAGAAUGAAGUAUUUGUUAUGUUGCUGUCAAGACCUUUUAGAAGAAUUACCAAAUGGAAUACUAUUUGACAAUUAGUAGCUGACUACUUUGACAAUAAAUCAAUUGAUGUGGGUCAUUUUAAUUUAGAGCUUAUAAAAUGUAAAUGAUAAUAAUAGAAUAAUAAAAUGAUAAAAAAGAGUUGUUCACUGAAGUGAAGGUGAAUACAUGUGGAUAUUGACUGAGCUGCCAAGUAUCAAGGUUAAAAUCCACUUGUGUGAACGCCUCUGAGGUGAAUAAUUGUUUUAGUUUAUACCAGACAAAUACCUAAAAUUAGUUUAUUUCCAUCAAUAUGCUGAAAAAUGGUUUUGUUCCUGCUAUUCACUUCUGAACCAGCCAAUCAACGCAUACAAAAAUCACUAUUCACUUGUUUGGGCAUAUACUAAUUAAUAUUUCUACAGCACCAUUCAUACUAUUAACCAAGAGUGCUUAACAAAGUUGCUAAUCAGGUGGUUAGGGGGCUGCAAAUUUUCAGUGUUGAGAGCAGAUCAUAUAAGAAUAUGUGGAUUAAAUUUUUUUUCUUUUUUGCAUGUAUGAAAUUAUGGUUUACUUAUUAAUAUGAUAUGCUUUAUAGGGCUGAAUCAGGAUUCCGUCAUGUGGAACCCAAGAAAUAUGUCCCCCGCCUUGUUCAUGUGUCUGGUAAUAAGGUAAGGUACCUCCUUUGUAUGAUGUAAUUCUUUAUGUCAACUCUAUUUAUAGUUUGUGAACAGUGCACCUAAAGUAGUUUUACAGUGUUCAUGGAAUAUCAACAGUCUCCAACAAAAAUGGGUGCACUUUUAUACACUUUGACUAAAUGCUCAUUCAAUCUGAACAACUCCAUUUGUUGAAGAUGGAAUCACUUGUUUUUGGAUUAACCUGCAUAUCUGAUGGAAGUGAACUUGAGAUCAGAUCUUCAAGUUUUGUUCUUCUGUGAACAAGGAACCAGUAACAUUUUCUUGCAUAAACAUGAAACCACUGUGACAAGUGACAAGCUGAUACAAUUAAUAAAUCAUACAGCAACACUAGCCAUACUUGUUACUCAACCUUUAAUCUCUAAGAGUGACUAGCACCUAAUUUCAAGAAUAAAUGAAAUGAUCACCAACUGAAGAAGCUAUUGACUGUUAAUCACAUUCUCCUUGACAUUACGUUAAGAAAUAUAUAGGACAACUUAUGGAGAAUAUGAUCACUGAUAUUAGGGAGUAAAGGAUUAAUACAACCCAAGCUGAAAUAUGCAAAUGUAUAAGAAAAAUCACAGACAGCUAUAGAGCAAAUAAUAUCUGCAUUGUUUUGAAAAAAAAAAAAAAAGCACCCACAAGAAUUCUAAUCGGUGCCAAGGAAAUGAUUUGACAUGGAAAGCAAAUUUUUGUCACCUCUGCUUCAUUUCUGAUAGAAAGUGACGAUCAAAGAGGUGAAGUUUAAGAAAGAUUACUUGAAUGAUGAUGAUGUGUUCCUUGUUGACCUUGGACUGAAGAUAUUUCAGGUAAAUUGUAAAGUACUUGUAGCUAAAUAAAAAUUAGAAUGAGACUAGUAGACUUAAAUGUGCAUGACAUUCCUGGAAAGGGGAACAGUAGGAGGUUCUCAACACUGCAAUACUGCCAAAAAAAAUUAGGCAAGUACCAUAAUUUUGCAGAAAGAAGUGUUAUGUACCACAAUAAGGUCAAAACUUGUUGUAAUGCUAAAAACCGGCACUCUUAAUGUUUCAUUCAGAGCAAAUAGACAGCAAUAAUAAAUAAGAAUUUGUUUAUGAAUGUACUUUGGGUAAUUGUCAAUUUCAACCUGUUUCCAAAACAAAUGAAAACUGGAAAAGGCAUGAAAAACUGUGAAGGACUUGAAGGAUGAUAUUUAAUACCACCCAAAAUGCAAAAAAAUGAUAUCCAGCAUGUUUGGAGAAUAUCUCAAUACCACAAUUGGAUAUUGAAAUUACCAAAAUACUGCAAGAAAAAAACUCCAAUACUGCAAACCCUAGUGUCCCCCUCCUGGGAUGUAACAAUAAUUUCUUUAACUUCCAUAAAGGCUCAAAUGAGAUUCCUUUCAGUGAGCCACUUAUCCAGACCUUCAACUUUUUCAGUAUUCAGUGUUAUUCUUUUCAUCAGCCCCUCUGUCCCCUCUCCCCCACCACCACCCCCCCCCCAAAAAAAUGGAAUAUUUAGGUAAAAAAAGGAGUAUCCUCAUUCAAUUGAGGUAAAUUGCAGUUCAUUACAACAUGUUAGACAUGUUCUGAAGAGCCCUGUGUUAGUUUCUAUAUUAAAUAUUGUAGGUUCUCAACCAAUGCUAGUCUGUGCCAGGCUCUUGACUAGUGGAAAUGUACAAAAGAGCAGGCAUUUGACAAAGAGUGAUAGGAAUAGAGCCUGUAAGAUUUGAUUUAAAUUGCUUAUUUUACCCAUUGAUUCACCCAUGUUUAGAUAAUCUUUUAUCAUGUCACCUUUUUAAUUGCAUCUUGCAGCAUUUUAUAAAUGAUUAUGUUGUCUUGGUGUGUAUUUUUAAGAGGAUCAAUUACGUUUGCCAUGAAUUUGGUCAUGAUUAGCACAUGGCUCUCUGUUCAGAGUUAGAUAUAAAAGUUUCCAACAAUUCUUUAAUGAAAUGGUUGGCUUAUUUGUGUAGUGGAAUGGUGAUAAUAGCAGCAUGAAUGAAAGGUUUGCAGCAGGAAAAUGUGUAACGCAAUUAAAAGUAAGUAUGCUGAUAUUCUCACUAAAUUAUCUCUGUCAAUUGUUGAAUUUUCAAACUGUGCAAUUUAUUAGAAUAACCAUAUUGAUUUGAAGUAAGCUAAAGUUUGUAGUUUUGAUGCCAUUAUAGAUGGUACAUGUCAGGGCAUGGCAUGGAAAAGUCCUUUGGUACAUGAGAUCCCUCCUUUUGAAAGAAACUGUGCUUAUUAUUAUCAUCAUUACUAUUAUUAUUAUUGUUAUUAUUAUUUCAUUAUUUUUCUUUUGCUACUGCAAGAUACUCCCUUGCCCUUACAGGGAAAUCUGUCUGUACACCCUGAUAUUAGCAACGAUCUUUGACUUGUAUCUUCAGACUUGAGAAUGCUUAUACGGUUUUUGUCUUUCAGUCUGAACGAGGUGGUAAACCAACUGUGGAAGUUCUUGGUAAGUAUCCAAUCGAUUAAAUAGGGAACUGUUCAAAACUUCUCAAUUAUUAUGGCAAAUUACUCCAUCGACUGACUGCAGAUAUUUCAUAUAAAUUUAGAAUUGUUCCUACUUAAAAGAUGAUGAUUAAUUUGCACUUGUCUGUCAACACUGUCAACACAGAUUGUUUUGUUGAUUACUGUGUAAGGGGUAAUGAUAAAUAAUUAUUCCAUGAGAGUGCGUUGGAUUUGAGAUGAUAGAUAGCCAAUAAGGUGUAAGGCACGUAGCUUUAACGAAUCUCUAACAAUAUCCUCUCAGUAGUGUUAUUUCAUUCUUUGUGGCUUUUACUUUUGUUGCGGAGAUGACGUCAAUGACUUAGCAUCGUUUUACGUUAUAUCCAAUCCACGGGAGAAGUGUUUGCUUCUAACCAAAAGAAAAUUCAUCCGAUGAAUCAUUUUCCUUCAGAUGUUAUUCGGUAUAUGAGCCGAUAACCGGAGUUAAGUGAACUUAUCACAACACUAGAAAUGCAAGAUCCAGAGUUUAAUAAUCUUUAAUAUGUCAAUAUAACGUUGAUAGUGUUAUAUUUAACUGUAUCAGAUAAUUGUACGGUUGCUGAAAUACCUGAGGAGUUGUUGGAAGUCUUUCCCGAGGAAGGACAGCCUGGAACCAAGAGGUCUAAAUUUUUUACGAAAAAAGAUGAGGUAUUGUGUAUACAACAUCGUUUGAAUUUUAAAUUUUUACAGUUGCAUGUGAUAUCUGCAGUCAGAAGGUUGUUUUCUUGUCAGCUUUUUCAUAACGUAACAUCAUUUUGCUAAUCCAUAGUUUUUACGGAAAAAAAUAGUUCUUGUUUAAAUCAUAUUUGUUGAUUGAUCUAUCGGGUAGAAUCUGGAAGUCAGCUUAGAAGAUUUUACAUCAACCAGCAAAAAGUGAUAUUGACCUUUCUUUACUUAGUUUUCGUGCCAGUUAAUGAGAGUAUCGAGCCUAAUCUUUCAGAAAAAUGCUCUUGAUUUCUUUCAUUGAAGUGAUUCCCUCUUGACUGGUUCGAAUAUUUCAGUCAUUUUAUUCGCCGUUUCAACGUGAUCUCUAUACGUGUUUCUUUUUUUUUCUUUUAUAAGGACGAAAACGAGAGUACAAAACCUCGAAAGGAAAAACAUGCCUUAUUUGAUUAUUAUUACUAUUAGGGCUGAUGGUGAUAAUCACUCUAAUCCAUGUGGUAGCUUUUCCCUUUCGUGGGAGUUUUUUAUGGUUUCCUUUGGCUACAAGAGAUUACUCUUAAUGCACAAUUUUGUUACCCUUUGCAAUUCAUCAUUCAAAACUUUUACAUGUAAACGUGCAAAGCAACUCAAUCCUGAAAAAAACGCGGACAUUUUACACGUGUUUUCUUCCAAUUAACCCCACCCUCAUUGGUAUUCACGUUGGAGCGACCUUCACUGAUACUGUUGUUUUUUAAAUAAUUAGAUGCAAACUUUUUCUUUUAUCUAGACUGAUAGUGAUCCAGGGUACGAGAAGGUGUUGUUCAGGUUAGUAGUAUACUUGUUUAGUAUAAUUGCUAACAAGGUGAUUAUAGAAAUGUGCGCGCUCUAAUUGAUCGAGGAUUGCAUAAUAUCUCUCCAUAAUCAGCUCGCGCGUAGCGAUCAUAGCGACAGGAGUACUAAAUUUCAAAGCGGCAGUCUCGCGUUUUAUCAAUCUUUCCGAGAAGGUGAUAAACGCGAUAGAAGAAAAUUCAAUUUCGAAGAGCGCCAAAAAAUGGUACCGAAUUUGGUGGAACACUUUUCAAAGAAAGUUUUGAAGACUUGGCUGAUUAAAUCAAAUAAACCUAUUAAACUGUUUGUCCAUCUUGAUACGAGUAAUGACAGAAUUUUAACGAAAUAUACGCUAUGUUGUCUUUACUUACAGAAUUUACAACUAUUCGAAAGCACCUAAAAAAUUAUAAUAAAACAAUUAUUCAUCCCAGGCUUAGUGAACACUGUUGAAUAAUCCUCUCGAAUUCGUCUCAGGGAUUAUUCAACAAAAUUCACAUCGCCUUCAGCGUAUAAUUGUCAGAUAGAAUAGUGUAGGCAUAAACCUUACUGAGGUUUGAUGAUUGAUAUUGCCAUUGUUAAUCCUCAGAAAGAUCUAUUGAGCCAGUUCAUGACAGAGUAGCAAUAACGUUGAAUUUCAUGAUCACUUUCAUUCAACGCCAUGUUGAACUGACUUGAAUGAUUUAUAGGUUGUCAGAGGAAAGCGGUGAGAUGAAGUUUACUGAAGUUGCUCGCGGGAGGGUAACAAAGAGCCAAUUGGACAGCAACGAUGGUAGGCCUUCUUCUUCUAUAAACCUUCGUCUAAAAGAUUGAAAAUAAGGGGUAGAAAACUGAUAGAACGAACGAAGUGGCAUUAGCAUUCGCGAAAUUCUCUUUAAGUAGAUAUCUACAAAGGACUACAUUUCCUCAGCUAGUUCCCCACCCUCCCCCCCCUCCACUUCUUUCUUGCUUGAAACUGCGGUUUGAACUAAGCGCUGUCGUAUGCAUACGCUGUCGACAUAUGCUCUACUUCUCGUACCCUUAAUUUUGUGUGUUUCUGAAUUUCUCUUUAGUGUUUAUCUUGGAUUCUGGAAAACACUGCCAUGUGUGGGUUGGGAGCGGCGCAAGCUCAAAUGAAAAGAAGAAUGGUUUGUCUUAUGCCCACGUAAGUAUUUCCGAGCACUGUCUUUCGUUAGGUUCUCGAGCUAUUGCCUCUGUGAAAUAAUAUAAAUCUCGUAACAUUUGUCGUAUCGCAAAUGAUAUCAACUGGAAAUAUAUGACCAAUAGCCUCUAUUUGGCAUAAUACAUAUGUACGCAUAUUUGAAUGCAAACAUUAUCUGUUCCGAGAUGCGAACAGUUUUCGGGAGCGAAGCUCGAGGAAAACUUUGAGCUUCGAUUUGUCCAAGGACAAAUAUACGAGCAUGUUUUCGCGCCAAAUGGAGGCUGUCGUUUUUAUUAUCCUUGAAAAAAUUUUUGUAACUUGCGGGAAAAUUUUUGCGAGCAGUUUACAGUUUGUUGCGUGAGAUGUUUACUUUUCAGUGUUCUCUGGUACGACUUUAUGAACGAACAUAAAUGUCCCUUCUUCUUUAACAAUACUUAAACGCUCUUUCAACGUUAAUUGAAUUUUACUGAAACAAACGCUUUCAUCGUAAUAGACGCAGGGUUAGAAAAUUGGGGUUGAAUCACUCGUGGUGUAUCCUCGAACCUCCUAGUUUUAGCUGGGGCAUACUAGAUCACAAGAUGCUUUCAGACCAAUCGCGCGCGAGCAAAAAUAUAUUUGGUGGGUUAUAACUAACGAGAGGGCUUUUGAGUGAAAAAAAGAUAUGAAAAGUCAUCAAAUAACACAUUUAAGUUUGUCAUUCUACCUCGCUCGGUGGACGAUAAUUACACAAAAGGAGACAUUUUCCUGUGUCAGUUCAAACGUGCUAACUCAAGUGGGAUUUUGGGGGGACAUGAUAAAAGCUUUUAAAUGACGAGCCCUGAAGGCGUCAUCAGAUAUAUUUCUUGAUGGGUGGAAAGUUGUGUGUAAUGUAAAGUGCCAUAACCCGUAUUGAUUAGAAAUUGACGAUACACUCAGAAUGUCUUCUUACAGAAUUUACUACUGUAUGUCUCAUUUACUUGUCCUAAUUACAGAAUUACCUAACCAAAUCUGCAAACCCUCUUCAACCAAUCACUGUAAUUGGAGAGGGACAGGAAACGAAGGAAUUCCACGCAGCAUUUAACUAAGGUACUUCUCACAAUCUAUGCUAACUAAUAGUCACCCAAUCUUCUUAGAUAAGGCAACACAGCAUUGUUGGGUGUAUGAUGGGUUCACGUUUCAUAAACGUACACAUACAGAAAACUUUAUUAACACCCUUCAGCUUGAUAUGGUACACACCGUGACGCGGCUCCUGUUACGUUAAACAAAUUAUCAAAACAGCCAUUUCGUUGCCCAGUCUUGUGCUUAUUGAAAAGGUACCAGCUCCACCCGAAAAAUCAGAGGCAUGUGACCAAAGUCAAGUUUAAAUAACAUGGGGUAAAACCUUAACUCGCAUUCUGCAAACCACCGUGCUAUUUACAUGCACGGUUGAGGCGUUGCACUCUAGCACCCGGACUAGGGAGCUCUAAGCGGCUUUCAUUAUGAAUCUGUUUGGAAACUGGUCGAAGAGUUAAUAUAGUGUUAUUGGCGUUGGCGCCGACUGUUGUUGGGAUAUAAACUGUGCCAGGGUCUAGACCAGAGAAGCGAGGGACCGAAAUCGAUUGGCCGUUUUUUUGGGAAGACUGGUCCCCACACAAACGGUGUGCCUGAUACAGGCUAGUUUGUAAAUGAGAGGAUCUUACUGCUGCUUUAUUACCUACUUCGCAAACGUUUCCAUUGGGAGUUUCUGAUUUCAACAUUUUAUCUUUUAGGGUGACACCAUGUCAAACGAAGGCAGUCUGAUCAAGAAGUAUUAAAAACAUAAAUUUGUAGUGUCUGGCUAAGUUUUUGGUGAAUAUGGACAGAAUUUCGUGUGAUUUUUACUACAUUAUGCAAAAAUUCGUCUGUGUUCGCAGGCAGCUUCUGGAAGUAGGUUUCUUUGUAAUUUUGUUGCUUGUUAAUCGGAAAAUGAAACAUGAGUUGUUAAUCUUGAACUUCGUUAAGGUUAAACAAGGAUUCACCGCUCUAUAUUGUUCAAGGCAUAACUGAUCACAGAUAUGAAAAUAAACCAAGGAAUUUACUGUGUUUCAAGUUUUUGUUUGUAAACAUUACGUAAUUAUCGUAACCUUUGUAUUAACAC